AUGGCCGGUAAGAACAAGUGCAUGAUGAGCCUGGAAUCCACUUGGGCAAGCUUGGAAACAAAAGAUGAGCUGUUGAAGCGUGGUUCGUAUAAUAUCAUUUUAGUGGAUUGGUCAUGGGGAAACGGCCCGAAUUACACUGAAGCUGCUGAAAACACAAAAGUGAUCGGAAGACAGCUGGCGUUUGUGAUUCAGAAAAUUAUGAACGAAAGCGGCGUCGGUCCAGAAAAUAUUCACAUUGUUGGACACAGCCUUGGAGCGCACGUCGCUGGCUUUGCGGGACAAAAUGUACGGAAUUUAAGAAGAAUUACAGCAUUAGAUCCAGCUUUGUCUCCAUUUCAAAAUAAAUCAAAAGAAGAGAGGUUGGAUUCCUCAGACGCACAUCUUGUGGAUGUCAUCCAUACAAACGGGGGCACUGAAUAUGGAAAAGUGCUCGGCGACAUCAACCCUCUGGGCCAUGCAGAUUUUUACCCAAACGGUGGAACGAAGCAAGAAAGUUGCAGAGGACUCAUUGUAAAGUCUUACUUGUCUUUAGAUUUUCUUUAUGCCACGAUAUCCUUAGUGCCAAGGAUAUGCAGUCAUAUGCAAGCAGUGCAAUACUACAAAGCAAGCAUAAAUCCCAAGAGCUGUGAGUUCGUUGGAGUUCAAUGUCCAGACUACGAGAGCUUCUCAUCAGGAAGGUGCACGGCCUGCCAUAAAGACUUUGAAAAUUGUGCAGUUAUGGGUAUGAACCAUGAAGACUACUACAGCAAGAGGAAUAUUACGAACUCAAAGCUUCCCCGAAAGUUUUAUCUCAACACUGCAAUGCGAUAUCCUUACUGUGGGGAAGAUGUCGCAUACGUCACACUUGUGCCUAUUGAACAUGUGACAGUUGUGUCUCUACACAGUCGGCAGUUACCUCCCGCGUAG